AUGCAUGUAGCGAGCGAGGGCCAUGAAUUCCAGAUAUUACCUGGUAUCUCAGUCCUUGAGCGCUGGAGUACUUUUGAAGCGCUAGACGUCAAGGAUGAACUGACUUCUGCGGCCAACGCCCUACAACCUAUUGUGAACAUGUCAAAGUUAAAGUUGCCGAAGCGCAUAAGGUUGCCGGACAGUAGUGACCAAUCAGCUGAGGAACGGAAGUCGCACACGCCGUCAGAUGAUAAGAGAGAAGUUGUAUAUAUUCGACUACGCCGGGGUGAAUGUGCCAAACAAGUUGUGCUUACGUCAGCUGAAAAAUAUUCAUACGCGAAGGCGAUGUUAGAACCACUGCUCAAGCAUCUCUCCGAGUUGUCCAGUGCCGAUUUCUAUCAGGAGCUUAAAGCUUGGAAAGAGACUGUGGAAGCUGGGUUGAGCAGGAGGGAGGCUGCUACUGCUAACACUAGGGACAUUGGCGACAACGAAGACGAUGAGGCCGAAGCUGAGCUGUACUCGUUUCUAAAUCCUCCUUCUGAUCUGUCUACAACUAAUCUCAUGAAUGCGCUACAAAAUACGGAAGGUGUGACAGAUGGUAGCAGCGAUGCUGAACAUGGCGGGCUUGAACAAGCUGAUACACCGACACCUCCAGGUUCAGACGUACCAGCUCGACAAGUGGAUAUUAUAAACGUUCCAAAGCCGAAAACGAAAGGAAAAACACGAUCAAACCCCAAGCAACUGAGACAGACAAAGAUUGCGACUCGUCUCGCCGUGCACAAGUACCCUAGCGACCUGACGGUGCAGCUCUACGAGUUUGUCAUCUGGGCACGGAACACGUCAAGUAUGAUACUUGUGGCAGAAAUGGUGAACAAGUAUUUAGUUCAGCUGGACGACGCGUACCUCAGGGCACGUACUAUUGAAUGCGGCUGGGAGGCAAUGAGACCAGCAGCAUAUAUGCAUCCAUUUGUAAUUCCGGGACCGCUAGAGCUGAACUGCGGGAACCAGACCCACUUGAUUAUUCCAUCAAGAAGCAGGCAUCCAGCUCGAUCUCGUGGCGUCUAUCGAUCCCAACCUGUGGAAUACGUGGGCGCUGCAACAACAUUCUAUUAUGUGAAGACCAAGGUGCGUCAAUGGUUCGAAGACCGGAAAUGGUUAGAGCAGGAUUGGCGAAAGAUUGUCUCAGAUGUGGACUUCCUUGCUGUGGAGACUGGAACUAGUGGUUUGUCUUCGGACGCUGUGCGCGCCCGGCAUUGGGCCAUGGCAAAUGAGGUCAUUUCGAAAUUCGCGUCAUGUCGCCUGAGUGCUGAAUUUGUGACGCCUUCUAGAGGGUGCUUCAUCACAUUUGAAAACGUGGUGGGUGCCCUGUGUAAAGGCUGGCUGAAUGAUAGCCCAAUUGACUUCUGCCUUGAGGUCAUUGGUUCCACGGCAGAGAAAUGUCACGUGCUGUCAUCGCACACGACGUCAACUGGGAGGCCAAAGACACCAAAGAAACUUAUAACCGAUACCAAGUUUAUCAUCCAGCCGGUCAAUUUGAAAAGGAGCCAUGGGGGAGUCGUAAUCACGACAUUACACUAUCUGGAAAGUGCUGAUAUUUUACGGGUACAUCCCUACCUGUAUGAGCCCCUCAUCGACGAAGAGUACCAUGAGGAUAUGGAGGAAGUUUGGAAGGGCAUUAAGGACCAGGAGAAUAAGGUCGUUAUGGAAGGGCUUCGCGGUUUCGUGAAGCGAUGGUGCCAAGCGUCGACACCCACAACUAAACUACGCAUAGAUCCGAUUCAGUGGGUCGAAGUUCCGCAGCAACCUGACUACGCGAGCUGUGGAGUGUUUGUUGUGGCACAGGCUUUCAGUUAUGUACAUGGGAAUCUUCAAUGGCAGCACAAUAACAUUUCCAAGACCGACGUACAGGUUAUGCGUCUGCGAAUGCUGUGGUUGAUCCUAUGUAAGUCACGCGAGAGCCCCAUGGCUCGUGGCAAAGUGGAAAGGAUGAAGAAAAUUCAGGAUCAGCUACUGAAAGAACUAAAGUAG